GAGUAAAUCACUGAUAGAGUGGCAGACAAGGCAGUUGGGACGCCGCUCUGCCAGAGAUUAUGAACUGUUAAAGAAUCAGGAUCAGAGCAGCCGAGCACAUCUGUCCAAGGGCCAAGACGCUGGUGGUUAUAAUUGUGCCACCACCUGUAGAGUGACUGGUAUCGGCUGCACGCCCGUCCGCCACGCCGAGAGCGUCAAGCGGAUGGCCAGCACAGCCGAUGCCGCGUCCCCUGCAAUCCGCACCCUUAUUCAGGUGCACGAAAAUGAAUCUGCCUGCACCAAGACAACAACCCCUUCGGCAAGUUUGAACUUUCUGGUGUUCCUCAAGUUGGGGUCACCUUCGACAGUGGUCCCAACGGUAUCUCGAACAUUUCUGCUUCUGGCAAGACUAUGGGCAAGUCGAGUGCUAUCACCAAUGACAAAGCCUGCCCCAGGAGAUUGAGCCCAUGAUUUCCGCGGCCGAGAUAUAGGCAAGCCUCAUGGCACAUGUGUCUAGUGUUUGGACGAGGUGUCAUUAAUCUACAGCUGAGGGUGGCACUGCUUCUGCUCGUACCCCCUCCAGGAGCAGCCUCGAGUCAUACACCCACAACCUCUCUAACUCGAUCAUUGACGAUGGUCUCUCUGGCGAGUUCGACCCCACCGACAAGACCAAGCUCGAGACUACCAUAAAUGAGGCCAUCUCAUGGCUUGGCAGCUCGCAGGAGGCUUUCAGGGAGGAGUACGAUGAGAAGCGGAAGGAGCUCGAGGACACCGAUUGCCGUUAG